AUGGCUCAUAAGAACUUAGGACAGUUUGAGAUGCUGAUGGCUGAACUGCAAGUUGAAGAUGUGGCAUCCUUCAGGAACCUCCUUAGAGGUUCUCCAGAGUUUAUCCAAGAACUACUGGAGAAAAUUGUCCCCACCAUCCACAAGGCAAGCACUUUCUGGGGGCAGUCACUGGAACCUGACAUCAAGCUGGCUGUCACUGAGGUCAUUGACAUUUUCAAGCGAAAUCGUGGUAUUGGUUUGAAGUCUCCCAAGGCUGAAGUUGAAUUGCCUGUGCAGAUGACGCUGAUGCCUAUCUCCGCGUCAGUGAAUGUGUCAGUCGGCAUAGUACAGCAGGGGGUACGACAAUCUUCCCUGGCAGACGUGAGGCACCCCUGUAACAACAGCAAUAACAACAACGACAGCAACAACAACAGCGGUGGAGGAGGUAGUGGUACCGGCAGCAGCAGCAGCAGCAGUGGUCUCCGGCCAGGUGGUGUGACGACGACAAGUGGUUGGCGGUCUGUGAGCGGGCGUAGCAGCGGCUCCAGUGAUGGUCGAUGUCACAGCAGUGGUCCCGGCGCUGCCAGCAGUAGUAGCGUAGUUGACGGUCAGCUCGGUGUGCGGCAUUCCUCCUCCUCCUUGGAUAUUGUUACGUCACCAGCACAUCAUCAUCCGGACGACCUCGACGUCAAAGUCGCCAACAUGCCCGCCAAAGAAGAAGAACACAGCAGUCCCUCCCACGCCGGCUCCCCCAACAGCCAGAGUCCGGACACCGCCGGGAACGCUAACGCCGCGAAGAAGCCAACGAGGAAACGAGGUGAGAAUGGCCACAGUGGCGUGAACCAGCUGGGUGGUGUAUUCGUCAAUGGACGGCCGCUCCCAGACUCCACCAGACAGAGGAUAGUAGAACUGGCUCAUAGCGGUGCCAGACCAUGUGACAUUUCCAGGAUUUUGCAGAAGUACAGACUGACCCAGCAAACCGAGAGAUCUGCACAUUGUCCUGACGGGGAAUGGAUGGCCUGA